AUGUCCGACGUCUACGUGGUUGUCCAUCUCGCAACCACAUGCGACGACUCCGCCGUCUAUGUGCCUCGCGAUUCUUGCGAGUUGUUGGAAAUCUCCUGGUGUGUGGUGGAUGUCAAGUCUCUCCAAAUCCUGCCGAGGGAAUCAGUGUUAGUCAAACCUGCCAACACUCCUAUCACACCUGCGUGCCAGCAAAAAUAUAAGCUUUCAUGGGAUUCUGUCAAGUCUGGCUCCUCCUUCAAGGAUGCCGUGGCCCAGUUCGACAAGAAGCUCUCGCUGGCUGUUGCUGGAAGAGACUUUACCUUUGUCACUGUCGACAUCCAUACUCUCCGCGUUCUGCUUCCUCGCGAGGCCAGAGACAAGAGCGUAGUUUUACCGGUGUAUUUGCAGCAUCCACGUGUGUUUGACUUGUUUAACGAGUAUCUGAAGUGGCAAUCGACCCACCCAGAGGCCAUGAGCUACCCAAACUCGUGUUUGGCUAAUAUCAUCACCGCCUUGUCUGUGGACGUGCCUGAAGGAUGGACUGAGGACUCCGCAGAUGAUGCUCGCCUGACUGUUGACGUUUACGCCAAUAUUUUAGUGCAGUUGGUGAAAAAGUCGAUGCCUCUUGAAGCUCAUCCACUGGUUUUAGUCAAGCCAUACGACACAGCUCACGACGCAAAGAUCUUCUUGGCCGAGCGCUCGAAGAUCUUGUACCUUUCAAACUUGCCUCCUGAUACUACCCAGUCUGAGCUUGAGUCAUGGUUCACCCAAUUCGGAGGUCGUCCUAUAGCUUUUUGGACCCUCAAGAACGUCGACGCCGAUCAGAAAAACCAGCAAAACAACGUCGAUAAAGCUAAGGGCAUAGCAGGCUUUGCUGUUUUCUCCAAGCAUGAAGAAGCCGCUGAGUCUUUAUACAUGAACGGAAGAGUGUUGAAUGACCGAGUUGUCGAAGUCCAAGCUUCCUCUACUAGGGUGCUUGACCGUGCCUCAGAGUUGUUGACUCCGUUCCCUCCACUGAAAAACAGACCUCGUCCAGGUGAUUGGACGUGUCCUUCGUGUGGUUUCUCUAAUUUCCAGAGAAGAAUCGCUUGUUUCCGCUGUUCUUUCCCUGCCACCAGUGCUGUGGCUAUCCAGGAGCAGAUGUACACCGGUACUGGCAACAAUUCUACCCAGGACAGUUCUUCCAAUAACAUGAGACGCCACAAGGGUGACGAAAAGCAGUCGUCACCUGCUUACGGUGGUUACCAGGACCACUACCAAAACUCGCAUCAUGUUCUCAAGAAUGGAAACAACUACAACAACGGCUACAAUCAUGGGUAUAAUCACAACCACAAUGGUGGAAACGGGCAGCGUGUUCACUAUGGCAACUCGGUACCUUUCCGGGCGGGUGACUGGAAAUGUGCUAACGAAACUUGCCAAUACCACAAUUUUGCUAAGAAUUUGUGCUGCUUGAAGUGUGGAAGUGCUAAGCCCACCUCGAUGGCCCAUAGUAACUCCAACGGCCCAUCGAACCAUUCUAAUAACGCAGCUGCUGCCGCUGCUGCUGCUGUUGCUGCUGGUUCAAUGCAUUCUGUCAACUCCACUGCUGCCACCAUCGCUGCAGCCACCGCCAGUGGACAGGCGUUGAACCUCAACAACAACUUCCUCAAGUUGCAGCAGCCUCAACCACACCUGUCCAGACAUGAGCGUGGAUCGCAGUCGACGUCUUCUUCGCCCAUGGGCAACGGCCUCUAUUCGAACGUUCCCAUGAUGCAGCAGUACCAAUACCAGGGCAAGCAGCAGGGUACAUCCCACUUGCCACAGCAUUUGGCCUUGUUGCAGGGUCAAUCACAAUCGCAGGUAGCACAACAGUCUCGGGGUCAUAAAAACUCGCAGUCUUCAAGCAGCUCUCCCGGAUUGUAUGUUCAAAACCUGGGUUACCAGUACAAGCAUAAUUCCGACGGGUUGCACGGAGGAAAUGGCAUUAAUUUGCUCAGCAAUCAGAUUAAUUCCUUGUCGUUGAACAAUACAAGUACGAAUUAA